GGGCUCCCUGCCUGACUCGCCUCCUCUUCCAGGGCUCCACACCUGGCAGGAGAUGUACGGCUGUGAGCUGAGGAGCGAUGGGAGCAAAGGAGGGUAUGACCAGUAUGGCUACGACGGGAAGGACUACAUCAGCCUGGACAAGGAGACCCUCACCUGGACGGCGGCCGAUGCCAAAGCCCAGAUCACCAAGCGGAAGUGGGAGAAAGACCUUGCCUUUGCUCAGGGAAUGAAGGCCUACCUGGAGAAGAUCUGCAUUGAGUGGCUGCAGAGAUACCUGGAGUAUGGCAAGGAGACCCUGCAGCAGAGGAGAGCGCAACCCACCCUGAGGGUGACACGCGGAGCGGCCCCCGAUGGCAGGGAGACCCUCCUCUGCCGGGCCGACGGCUUCUACCCCAAGGAGAUGGAGAUCGCCUGGACGAGGGACGGGGAGGUCUGGACCCAGGACACCUUCCGUGGCCUCGUGACCCCCAACGCAGAUGGGACCUACCACACGUGGAUCAGCGCCAAGAUCGACCCCCAGGAGCGGGACCGCUACCGGUGCAGUGUAGGGCACGACAGCCUGCCGGAUCUGGUGGAGGUGGCCUGGGAGGAGCCCGAAGCUUCAGUGCCCCCCCUGGGGCUCGUUGUGGGGCUCGUUGUGGGGGGGCUCGUCCUCCUGGCGGCCCUGAUCGGAGGCAUCUUCCUGUACAGGAAGCGUCAAGCUGGCUACAAGGCGGCAUCCACGAGCGACCGGAGCUCUGACAGCUCAGCAAGGGGGAGCAACCCGGCCAUCUAGCGGCCCCAGAGCAGAAUCUCUCGUCUUCUCUGCAGCUGACCCUGGCAGCGAGUCGCCUUCCCGUGCCAGGAGGCAGAGGAAGGAAUUUACAUCUACUGACUUCUGUCCUGCCCUUUUGGGAAGUCAGCAUUCUGUUGAUAGGCUUGGCUUCAUUUGACUUGCUUUCUGAUCUGGCUGAUGCCCUAAUGCAUUUUAAAAAUCUGACCUGAUUAAUCUCAGGAUUUAGGAGCUUCGCUUUCAUGUGUUGCAUCGUCAUGGUGGAAGGUGGAGGGCACCGUCUUGGAUGAGGGCUUCUGCUUUGCCGAGCCAGCGAGCCAAAAGUCAGGCGCAGCUGCCCCCUUCCAGCUGCUUCCAGGAAAAACAGUGCUGUUAAUCAGCACCUGUCUUUAAUCAAAAGUUUAUAAUUGGCAAAUCUAAAUGACGACGCAACUAAACAGUAUAGCCUUACAAAUUCAGGAUUAUGCCUCCAUGUCUAAAGCUGUAAUAGGAUUUCUAAAAAGCUGCUUGUGUGAGUUCAUAUUUACAAAUAAGAUCUAAUGUUAUUAUCCAAGGAUGAAAAUUUGUGUGUGAUUAGACAUUUGACAGGUUGGGGAAUGAGGGAUUGGGGUUUGAGGAAUAUUUUUCUAACAUUAACAUGCAUAGAUUAACAUGCACCUUCAGCCUCUUUCUAAGUAUAUAGUUUGUUGAUGUGUUUUGCACUUAGUUGAUCGCAAAUGAAUGUAAACUUUUUUUUCAGAAUGAUGUAAUUGGCUAGAAUAAAAAGAUUUGUUUACCCCCUC